UUUGUUGGACAGAGUGGCAAAUGAGUAGUUAGUUGGAAGACCCAUUUCUCAGUGCUCAGGAUGCCUCCACAGUCUGGAACUAGACUAGUAAAGCCAGAAUCUUCCUCAGAUAUUCCACACCUUUUUACUUGGGAAGAGAUAGGACUCCAUUCUGGCCAGGAAAACUCGGAGAAAGAAAGAUGGCUGGUCAUCAACAGGAAAGUCUACAACAUCACCAAUUUUCGCUGGAAGCACCCUGGUGGAGUUCGUGUCAUCAGCCACUAUUCAGGACAAGAUGCCACGGAUGCUUUCACAGCUUUCCACAAAAAUGAGGAUCAAGUAAAGAAAUAUUUGAAGUCAUUGUUAAUUGGGGAACUAGCACCUGAUCAGCCCAGCUGUGAGCCCACUAAAAACGUAAUGCUGACAAAUGAUUUUCGGGAGCUACACAGCACUGUGAAGAGGAUGGGACUCAUGAAAUCCAGUUAUCUCUUCUUCCUGUUCAUUGGCCUACAUGCUUUACUAAUAGAUCUUGCAUCAUGGUUAACUAUGUGGUACUUCGGGAAAUCGUGGGUGACCCUUCUUGUCAGUAUAACAAUGUUUUUCACUGCCCAGAUCCAGUAUGGUUUUUUCCAGCAUGAUCUUGGGCAUGUUUCAGUUUUUCAGAACCUCAAGUGGAAUAGGCUGUUACAUUUAAUUGUUUUCGGAGGACUGAAGGGUGUGUCGCCCAGCUGGUGGAAACAUAUGCAUAACCAGCAUCACGCCAAACCUAACUGCUUCCUCAAGGACCCUGACCUUAACAUGCAUCCUCUCCUCUUCAGCUUGGGAAAGGAACUUUCUGUUGAGCUUGGUAAAAAGAAAAAGAAAUUCAUGCCUUACCAAUUCCAGCACAUAUAUUUCUGCUUCAUAGGCCCAUUGUUGUUUGCUAUGGUUACCCUGCCUCUUAAUAUCCGCUACGUACUUUCAAUGAAAAAGUGGGUGGAAUUAAUUUUCAUUAUAAUCUAUUAUGUACGCAUCCAUCUCAUGUUUGUUCCUUUAAUGGGAUUUUACAGUUUUGUGUUAUUCUACCUACUGGCCAGGUUCCUAGAAAUGAUUUGGUUUAUCUGGGUCACACAGACGAACCACAUUCCAAUGCACAUUGAUUAUGACAAGAAUUUGGACUGGGUCUCUACCCAGACAGCUGCAACUUGUAAUGUGAAUCAAUCCCUAUUUAAUGACUGGUUUACUGGGCACUUGAACUUCCAGAUUGAGCAUCACCUUUUCCCAACUAUGCCUCGACACAAUUAUUGGAAAGUGGCUCCUCUGGUGAAAUCCCUCUGUGCCAAACAUGGCAUUCAGUACCAGUGCAAGUCCCUGCUCACUGGCUUUGCAGAUAUAGUGCACUCUCUGAAGGAUUCAGGGGAACACUGGAUGAAUGCCUAUCUACAUGGAUAAGACGAGGCAGGGCCUCAGGAAGGAAUCUCCGCAUGCUGCCCUCUGGUGCCACUGAGCAAAUGGAGUUGAAGGAAGUGGU